AUGUACAUACUUCUGUGUGGUUAUCCGCCAUUUUAUUCCACACACCCAUUGCCGAUGAGUGCUGGUAUGAAAAAUAAAAUACGAGCUGGUGAAUAUACAUUUCCAGAAAAUGACUGGAACAUAGUAUCUCAGGAAGCGAAAGAUUUAAUUCGAAUGAUGUUAACUGUUGAACCAGCAAAUAGACCAACCAUUAAUCAAAUAUUAGAAAAUCGAUGGUUAUCAGAAUAUAACAGUGUCCUACAGGCACCACUGAAUACGCC